AUGUCAAGCUCUGAAAGAGGCACAUAUACUCGCUUAUAUCCUCCCGACCCAAGAGUCCAUGACGACACUUUGUAUGAUCCUUCUGAUAUACCAACUGUAUAUGUAAGUGCAUCAUAUAAUAGGAAAGAUAAAAAAGUAGAAAGACGAGUGAUAACAAACAGAGGGCUCACGUUGAAAACGGGACAAAGGUUACGACAUUUUGAUGAAUACACCAGUUUGUGUGAUGGUGAGGUACAAACAUUAGUUCCGGACAGUCAAGCUUUCAAAGAGGCUACAGCCAUGCUGAAUGAUGAGGACGUCAACAAACGUCUUCAAGGUGCUUUACAAGCGAGACUUUCGUUCACAAAGAGUCAUCUGAAGAGCUAUCAAGCCUUUGCGUUGGAUCCAAAAGCGAUGGAUGAACUCACAGAUAUCAUGUUACAUUUUAAUAAGAAACGGUUUAAUAGGAACAUGAACAACAGUUACUUGUGUCUGAUCACAAGUAGCCCAAACUCAACGGUUGAUGAGAAUGGUGAGAUUGGUGAGGAGGAAUCCAAGGAGGUAAUCGACCUGAAAGUUGCUCAAAGUUGGGUAAAUCUAUCUAACGUCACCAAUACCCUCCCCGCACAUACACUUGGUAAAAGAGUGCAGCGAUACAGGGAUGAAUCCGGAAAGUACCCUUCGGAAAGUACGAUCAAAUCGUGGGCAAAGGAAGAUGGGAUGGGUGUCAACAUUUUGAGCAUCACAGAGCCAACAGCUGCAAAACUUCACUUCCUUACUAGCGUUUGCGAUGACUCUGAACCAGACACUCAGCCUCCAGGGGCAGAUGAAACUUCUCUUCCCUCAGAAAUUGAUGAAGACUAUACCUCAUCCAAUGAAACUCCAGAAUCUCACGCGGCUGCAGACUACACCGCUUUAGAUCCAUCCGCUGAACGUUCCCCUGAAGAUGAGACUGGAAACUCUCAAAUGUCAGAAAUUACUGCAGACUAUACCUCUGAAUGUGGGGACGCAGACACCACGCCUGACUAUCGUUGGGACCCGACGAUUGAUCCCCCACCUCGCGGUCUGCGUGCUGUCCAGGGCUGGACGUAA